CGCUUCAGGAAACCCACUCAGGUGGAGUGGAAGUACACGGAGGAGGGGGAGCGGGUCCGCGUGUCGGUCCGGACCGGCCGGAUCAUCCCGAAGCCGGUGGUGGAGCGGCGAGACGGCAUCGUGCCGCAGCAGUGGAAAGACGGGCCCAAAGACACCAGUCCUGAAGACGCUCUGGAGAAGACGUACGUCCCCUCGCUGAAGACGCUGGAGGAGGAAGUCAUGGAGAAGCUGGACAUCCACGAGCCCAGGAGGCACAGGACGUCCUAUUGGUACUGAGAGCGGCCCGGUUCUGGACACAACCCGGACAGGACUGCAGACGCGGAUUCUGUUUUUAAACGUUUUCUCGUAUGAAUGUCAAAUAUUUCCUGUUUUCAAACGUGGAAUAAAGUCACGACUGUCGUGGAGCCGAUGAGCUCAGAGAGUUGAAGGUUCAAAUCCG